CGCCGCAGCAGCCCCGCCGGCGCUCCGGCCCGCUCCGGCCCGCGGCGGCCGCUAGCCCCUCUCCCGGAGGCCUCGGCCCGGCCCACCGCCCGGCGGCGCGCGCCACCUCGCCAGUGCAUCCGGGCCCCGCAGGCUUAAGGUUUGAGUUUUCUUGAAGGUGGAAUCCUAGUCUGGGUGGGGAAGACAUUAGGUGGGAAUCUUCCUCAUUAACCUAAGAAAACAGAAAAAUAUGGCUCAGGAGACUAACCAGACUCCAGGGCCCAUGCUGUGUAGUACAGGAUGUGGCUUUUAUGGGAAUCCUAGGACAAAUGGAAUGUGUUCUGUUUGCUACAAAGAACAUCUUCAGAGACAACAGAAUAGUGGCAGAAUGAGCCCAAUGGGGACAGCUAGUGGUUCCAACAGCCCUACCUCAGAUUCUGCAUCUGUACAGAGAGCAGAUGCUAGUUUAAACAACUGUGAAGGUGCUGCUGGCAGCACAUCUGAAAAAACAAGAAAUGUGCCUGUGGCUGCCUUGCCUGUAACUCAACAAAUGACAGAAAUGAGCAUUUCAAGAGAGGACAAAAUAACUACCCCGAAAACAGAGGUGUCAGAGCCAGUUGUCACUCAGCCCAGUCCAUCAGUUUCUCAGCCCAGUACUUCUCAAAGUGAAGAAAAAGCUCCUGAGUUGCCCAAACCAAAGAAGAACAGAUGUUUUAUGUGUAGAAAGAAAGUUGGCCUUACAGGAUUUGACUGCCGAUGUGGAAAUUUGUUUUGUGGACUUCACCGUUACUCUGACAAGCACAACUGUCCAUAUGAUUACAAAGCAGAAGCUGCAGCAAAAAUCAGAAAAGAGAAUCCAGUUGUUGUGGCUGAAAAAAUCCAGAGAAUAUAAAAGUACUACAUGUGAAGAGACUGAAACUUUGUUUUUAUUUUAAUAUAUCGUAGGAAAACAUUAAAGAGCAGAUGCAUGGCCAUUUUCCUUUGAUGUUCUCCAGAGUUUUGCUUUAUACUUGUCUGUCUUAUAAUUGAUAUUUUAGGAUGUUUGGGUGUUUGUUACAGGCAGAAUUGGAUAGAUACAGCCCUACAAAUGUAUAUGCCCUCCCCUCAGUAAAAUUGGACAAAAAUCUGCACAGCAAAUUGAAAUACACAGAUAAUAGGAACAAAAUUUAGUUCCACGUGCCAAACUAAAUGAAUGAAAUCUCUGCAUGUUUGCAGCAUAUCUGCCUUUUGGGAAUGUAAUCAAGGUAUAAUCUUUGGCUAGUGUUAUGUGCCUGUACUUUAAAAAAAAAUGGUACACCAGAAAAGGACUGGCAGUCUACUACCAUAGUCAAACUUCACAUUAAUUUCAACAUGACUUUUGGAAGCAGGAAGAAAGCUACAAAACCAGUAUUUGGUGCCAUGUGUAAGCCUGAUUAAAUUGGCCUUCUAAAAGCUGUCAAUUAGGACAUUCUGCGAAAGGUAACAUCACAACUGGUUCUAAGUAAAACCAUCAAGUCAACAACAGGGUGCCUGAGAUAAUCUUUGAAGCUAUUGUACUGGCCUGCACCAGAAGAGAUCUGCAUUCUCAUUACUAAAAUUGUAGCACAGAACUGCACUAAGAUUUGUUUACAAGAAGAAAUUAAACUCUACGUUUGGUUUUCACAUACAGCAGCUCUGUUAAAUAACAUGCAUCUGAGUUUUAAGUUGCAAAGGUAUCUGAACAGUUAAUUUUUCAUGUGCAUCUUUUGUUGAAUGUUUUGGUUCAAGAAAGAAUGUUUAAAGCUUUUUAAAGACUUCAGUUCUUAAUGUAACUGUACCCUUCUGCAUGGAAAAUCAUAACCAACAUGGCUGCAGUAGACUUCUUUAGUGGUAUCCAGCACCACUUGCAGAGGGCUGCUUUAUCAUAUUGUAUUUGGGUGUAGGACUCUAGUGUUCUUGGGUGUAUUGCAUGGGCUGCAUUAUCUACAGCAUUGUACAAUAACAACUAGAAAAGGCAGUAUACUUCACUGAUGCUUGUCUGGUAAUAUCACUUCUGUGUUAUAAUGGAAGGUUUUUCGUGAUGUAUGAACUUGUGUUUUUUUUAUAUAUAAAUGAGUAUAGUUAGAUUAGUGUUGUGGUAAUGCCUGUUUUCAUCUGUAAAUAGUUAAGUAUGUACACAAGGCACUACUUCUGAUUUAUUGCAGUGUUCAGUCCUAGUUUUUCUUUAUUAAAACAUUCAGUUUCGCUUCAAUUUUAUGUACCUUAGUUCUGAGUUAGAUUUGCAGAUGUGUACAGAUAGUUCAUAUUUAUGUAUUGCACAUAAUCAUGCUAUUCAGCAUUGAUGCUAUAUUGUAUUAUGUAAAUAAUAAAAGCAGUGUACAGAGGGAA